AUGCUGCUCGCACCCGAGGACAUCCGGGUAGCCGAGCUGCUCGAGUACAAUCCGACCCAUCCACCUCCGCCUGCUCUUCCCAGCAGCACCGGUGCAGUGCAGACCUCGCAUCUUCCCCCCACUGAUCCGAGCACCUACCCAGCUUUCAUAUGGGAGCUCGACCAUCGCCACUACACCAUACCCGUUGAAUCCAAGCUGUUGCUCGUCGACCAAUGCCUUCCCUCGCUUAUCCACCCCGCCGCCCCAGACGUCCGGUUUCCCGCAUGGGCAGCGACGGCUUGGAGGGCCAUGUCUGAGGUGUGGAAUGCUCGUGACGUCUGGAUCAAAGGCAUCAGGUUUUGCGAAAGCAACGCACCGCAGUCGCAAAGACGGGAGCUUCGACGAUACGCUCGGGUGAACUGGGGCGAGGUCGCCGCCAUGAACUCCGAUCUGUUAGCCCGGUGCCAGCGCAUUCUAGGAGACACCCUGAUCAAUGACGACUCCCUGAACGACUGCGCCGAUGUCUGGAAUGCUUCUCUCGAACGUGAAAGCCGGGCGGUAGUCGUCGCCCAUACCGGCUUCGUGCCAUUCGUCACCCAGGAGGACGCCUCACAACGUGUCCUACGAACAACAUUGCGCAAGCUUGGAAACUCUGCAAACGGCCAAAUCAUCAUUCCCUGGCAUAUUCCACAGAUCCGCCACUGGGUAACCGUCCGCGUCGACCUUGACGCAAGAACGUUCGUCAUCGUAGAUUCUCUCCGCAGCCCCGACGACCCGGACCCGCGCGUAUUCCGUGGGGUGCAUACUCUUGUGGCAGCAAUCGACAGGUAUCUCUCGCAACCGGAAGGCAUACAGCCUUGGGUCCAUGACAAGACAUCGAUCGCAACACCACGGCAAUUCGACGGCGUAUCCUGUGGGCCGAUUACAUUCAACACUAUGCAACGUAUGUUGUACGUCGACCAUGAUAUGUGGACACCGGAGCGGGCAUUGUCAAUCCGAAUGGAGGUUAUGGAUGGCUGCGUAAAAUGUUGGCAUAUGCGAGGCGGUCUGGCACGGACAAAGACUCAACAUUCAUUCGGCAAAGCCGGCUUUUUUAAUCCGAAACGUGCCCCGGCCACGCCCGGAAGUGUUCCUCGGCCCGACGCGACGAAGGUGAAAACGUCUGUCCAAGAAGAUGUGAAGCCUCCUCCGGAGCAGGAGGACAUACCGGCAUCAUCGGACAGCAAAGCGAAGUCCGAUUCGAAAGACGGCCAUGGCAAGGUGCAGCCUAAGCUCGAACUUCAUAUCGAAGAUCCUCCCGCAGCGACCAAUGGGACGGCGGUUUUCCGGCCGUCUACGGCUGCUUCUGAUCCACAUCGCCCGGUUGCAAAGGCAAUGGCGGCAUUACGGCAGUUCCCCAGCAAUCCUGCGGCGUCACGAAGUCCCUUCGUCCAUGGUGGAAUGGCGGCGUUGCGCCGUGUCUCGCAGACGGCAUCUGGUUCGGCCCAAACCGCGCCCAUGGCGGGCAUGGCAGCUUUUCGGCGAAUCACGACGGCCCCGAACAAACCUUCCUCCGUGAUGGCUGGGAUGGCGGCCUUUCGGCAGCUAGCCAUUCACGAAGAUGAACCAUCCACCGCGAAAAGGCACAGGCUUAGCUAA